UGGAAUGCUAAUAAUAAUCAAGUUUAGUCAUAUCGUUCGCUUGUCACCGGUUCUCGUCAUUGGUUAACUGUUGCAGAAUUGAGCGAGAACGGAUCAAAAGUUGAAGUAUUUGUGAGAAUUUAGCACUUGGUAGAUACUCGACGGAGAAACAUGCAUGUAAUCAAACGCGAUGGACGUGUGCAGGCUGUUCAUUUUGAUAAAAUAACAUCAAGAAUUGUAACAUUAUGUUACGGUUUAGAUAUGAAUUAUGUGGAUCCUUCUGUCAUUACUCAUCGAGUCAUAUCUGAAUUUUAUUCUGGAAUGACAACGGUCGAAUUAGAUACUUUGGCAGCUGAUAUUGCUGCAAGUAUGGUCAAUCAGCACAUGGACUAUGAAAUUUUAGCAGGUAGAAUUGCCAUAUCCAAUCUGCAUAAGGAAACGAAGAAAGUGUUCAGUGAAGUAAUAACUCAAUUAUACCAUGGAAAUCUAUCCAUCAUGAAUAGACGUUUGCCCAGAAUUUCUGAAAAAUAUUACACAAUUAUUCAAGAACAUGCAGAUAGAUUAAAUUCUGCUAUAAUAUACGACAGGGAUUUUAAUUAUAGCUAUACUGCAUUUAAAAUUCUUGAAAACAAACAUUUAUUAAGAUUGAAUGGAAAGGUGGUUGAAAGGCCACAGCAUAUGCUGAUGCGAGUUGCUGUCAGCAUUCAUAAUGAUGAUGUUGAUAAUGCUAUUGAGACUUACAAUCUUUUAUCAAAACAAUAUAUUGUACAUGCUGCACAGACGCUGAAUAGUGCAUGUACUGUUAAACAGCAAAUGGCUAGCUCAUUUUUAUUGACAAUGUCUGAAGAUAGCAUAGAUGGAAUAUUGGAUUCCUUAGAAAGAGUGGCUGUUUUAUGUCAUCAUAAUGGUGACAUUGGUUUUAAUGUACAUUGCAUUCGUGCAAAGAACACUCCUAUACGUGGCACAGGGGGUGUAUCAAACGGUUUGGUUCCUAUGCUAAGAGCAUACAACACAUCUAUCCCAACUGUUUGCAGAAAAAACAUUGAAGGACCAAUUACUGUGUAUCUGGAACCAUGGCAUUCUGAUAUAUAUCAAUUUUUGGAGCUCAAGAGAGACAUUGGUGAUGAACAGUUGAGAGCUAAAGAUAUGUUUUAUGCAUUAUGGACACCAGAUAUAUUUAUGCGACGUGUUUUUGAUGAUGCUGAUUGGAGUUUGAUGUGUCCACAUGAGUGUCCUGGAUUAAUUGAUGUCUGGGGUGAUGAAUUUGAAGCUUUGUAUAUCCGGUAUGAGGAGGAAAACCGUUACCGGAAACAAGUUAAAGCCAGAGAUUUAUGGGUCUUUAUAACUCAAUUACAAAUUCAAACAGGCACACCAUACAUAGUAUAUAAAGAUCAUUGUAAUCUCAAGUCAAAUCAACAAAACCUGGGUACAAUUAAUUGCGGUAGUUUUUCCACUGAAGUUAUUCAAUAUUCGGCUUCGGAUGAGAUUGCUGCGUGUCACUUAGCUACGAUUGCCGUCGACAUGUUUGUAAAUUCUACCACAAAAACUUACGACUUCUCUAAGCUCAAGAAAGUAGUAAAAAUUGUUACUUACAAUUUAGACAAGAUGAUAGAUGUCAAUUUGUAUCCUCUUGAAGAAGUAACAUUUUCUGCUUAUAGACAAAGAGCUAUCGGUAUUAGUGCAUCGGGCUUGGCAGAUGCAUUUAUCUUAAUGAGAUAUCCAUUUGAAAGUAAAGAAGCUAAAAAACUCAAUGUACAGAUUUUUGAAACGUUUUAUUAUGGUGCCUUGGAAGCUAGUUGCGAAAUGGCUAUUGAAGACGGACCAUACGCGACCUAUGAGGGAAGUCCAGUUAGUAAAGGCAUUUUGCAAUAUGAAAUGUGGAAUGCAAAACCGACAGAUUUAUGGGAUUGGGAUACUUUAAAGGCAAAAAUUGCAAAAUACGGAGUACGGAAUUCUUUAUUAAUAGCACAAACAUCGGAUACUUUCAUGGCGCAAAUGUUAGGAAACAAUGAAUCAGUUGGGCCAUAUACGAGUAACAUAUGCACAAUGCAUGCAUCGUCUAAACUAUUUCCAUAUGUUAAAAAACAUUUAUUACGAGAUCUUAUUGAAAAGGGUCUUUGGAGUGAAGACAUGUGUAAUAAAAUAAUUUCUAACGGCGGUUCCAUACAAGAUAUUGAUGACAUACCUGACGACUUAAAAUUACUUUAUAAAACUGCCUGGGAAAUGCCGCAAAAAAGAAUUUUUGAGAUGGCGGCUGCUCGUGGACCUUUUAUUGAUCAAUCGCAAUGUUUAAAUGUUCACAUGAAGGAUCCUUCAGAUAAACUUACAUCAAUGCAUUUUUAUGCUUGGGAAAUUGGUUUGAAGUCCAGUAUGUAUCAUUUCAAGACUGAAGACUUUACUAAUUGUACUCAAGUCAAAGAAAAAUAAAUUUCUUAUACAUAAAUCUUAAA